UGCCUUAAAGUGAGCAGAGGAGUAAGCGCAACUUGUCUUUGUAUGGAGACCGUAGCGCUGUGCGCUUCGCCGCCGUGCUUUAGCUGUCGAGCGUCUAAGAUGAGUUGUUUUCGGAGGCAGCACUGAUCGAAAGCUGCGGCUUAUUUGAGGCAGAGGCCAGGGUUUCGGUCCGUGUUCCAACACAGCGACGCCGGACGUUGUGUCUUAUGUCAUUUAUGAGACAUUCCGACAUCUUUCCGUAGACUAAGUCUAAGAGAGAAAGAGAGAGAGAGAGUGUCUCUCUGCUGGCUGCAGGCAUCAUGGUGCUCGGCAAGGUGAAGAGCUUCACAGUGAGUUACGACUGUCUCAAUGACAGCAACGUCCCCGUGUUCUCGAGCGGGGACUCGGUCUCCGGCAGGGUGGUGCUCGAAGUGACCGGGGACAUCCGCGUCAAGUCGCUCAAGAUCCACGCGAAGGGUUUGGCCAAAGUUCGCUGGACUGAGUCGCGAAAUGCCGGAUCCAACACUGCCUACACUCAGAAUUACACAGAGGAAGUGGAAUACUUAAACCGUAGAGACAUCUUAAUUGGACAUGAACGAGAUGAAGAUAACUCUGAGGAAUGUCUCACCACUAUCCAUUCAGGACAUCAUGAGUACGCAUUUAGUAUAGAGCUUCCUCAGACACCUCUGGCUACCUCCUUCGAAGGCAAACACGGCAGUGUGCGCUACUGGGUCAAGGCUGAGCUGCACAGGCCUUGGCUUCUGCCCAUGAAAGUGAAGAAGGAAUUCACAGUGUUCGAACACAUCGACAUCAACACUCCUAUGUUGCUGUCCCCUCAGGCAGGCACAAAAGACAAGACUCUGUGCUGUUGGUUCUGUACCUCAGGCCCCAUCUCCCUAAGUGCCAAAAUUGAAAGGAAGGGCUACACCCCAGGGGAAUCGAUUCACAUCUUUGCUGAAAUCGAGAACUGCUCAUCGCGUGUGGUCAUGCCAAAGGCCGCCAUCUACCAAACACAGACCUUCUUUGCUAAAGGGAAAAUAAAGGAAGUCAAGCAGCUUGUUGCCAACCUACGCGGGGAGUCCCUAUCCUCUGGAAAGACAGAAACAUGGAACGGGAAAAUGCUCAAGAUCCCUCCCGUGUCCCCCUCCAUCCUGGACUGCAGCAUCAUCCGAGUCGAGUACUCACUCACGGUGUAUGUGGAUAUCCCAGGGGCUGUGAACCUGUCCCUCAAUCUGCCGCUUGUCAUCGGCACCAUCCCUCUUCACCCAUUUGGCAGCCGCACGUCCUCUGUUAGCAGCCAAUGCAGCAUGGCCAUGAACUGGCUCGGCAUGACUCUACUAGAGAGACCUGAAGCACCACCCAACUAUGCAGAAGUCAUCACAGAGCAGCAGAGGCAGAACAACUUGGAACAGCCUAUGGCACGGAACGAGUUUGAGGGACCCCUGUUUGCCUAUAUUCCUGAGUUCCGAUUCCAGCCACCUCCACUCUACUCGGAGUGGUUUCACCUUUGCUGUAGAAGAGCAACAUACAAACAAAAAGAAAUGACAAAAGGAAAAAAUUGCAAGACUGUCCCCCCCAGGAGAUGCAGAGGCGCAUCCCGGGAGAUGGCGCACAUUGGAUGGCCUCUCUUGAAAUGGCACAGACCAGUCUCUUGGCUGGUCCACUGAGUUCGUGUUGGGCCUCUUGGAAAUCUGGCGAAAAUCUCUGACUGAGAAGACAUUGGAUUUAGCCACUAAAUGGUGUCCUUGCUUUGAGUCUCUAUUACACAAAAUUGGAGAACCAAACAGAAAUGUAACAAAAACUGUAGUAUCGCAGAUCACAGAAGUCAGCAGUGGGGAGUAAAAUGCUCAUUCUAUAUGUUAAUUUUUUUAAGUUUAUUUAAAUAUUUGUUUUCUUCUAGAUAGGUAGAGCAUUUUUUCCUCCAUUUGUCUGAAGGCUGUAUAUCUGGAGUCUUGUUCUGCAUGAUUGAGUAAUGCAGUAAAAACCAUAUUUAAAAACAAUAGAUACAAAUUCUAAGGUGGCAGUUCUGCCCGCAUUUCGAAGCGUUUUAAUUUUCUCAGCCUUGUUACAUUUUUGUAAAGAGAAGUGGGCUGGGAUGGACAGAGCAUGUUUCAAUGUUACUCAGGCUCCUUCACCAUUGCCUCAUUUGCUGCCCACCUAAGUGUGACUCCUGCUUCCAGAUUGUUACAUUUCAGAGUUCAGUUGCCUUCAAGCCAGUCGUCAUCUGCAUCGCUGUCUGCCGUCUGUACAAGUGGCUUUGCUGAGUGUGACUGAAAUACAGGGCACGCAAAACAGGAGACUGCGGGUGAGCGAAGAAGCGCUACGAUGCGGCGGUCCUGAGCAUUUGCCUUUUUGCCGAGAGCGCUGAGUGAGGCUGUGUUACUGACUGCCUAAAAGCCCCCGAACUCAGGUGAUUUUCUCACUGGCCAAAACAACUGGAAAAUUGGUCACUGCUUUCAGUUGCACUGUUCAGUGAAGAAUGCAGAAGGAGAAGAGAGGGAGCAGAAACAAGCAGGCAGCUUUUGAAGACAACAUUCCUUUAGGUCCAGCUGAGCUUCUCUACACAGCUGUUUCUUUUUUUUUUUUUUUUUUUUUUUUCUUUUCUUCUUGUAAAUGAGGAUAAAGGUAAAAGAAAAUAGUCAAGGAAUGGGCUAAGUUGAUCGUAACUUAGUCUAGUGAAACACUAUUGUGAAGUUGAUGCUGUAUCAGAGUUUAGCCAUAAUGUGGGCAGAGAGCUUAAAAUGAGGAGCACGUUGGUUUCAAAACUCAUUUAUGAAAAAGGUAAAGCAUGCCUAGAUGAAGCUUAACUACAGUAGGAAAGGAGGAUCUCGAACAAAUCAGUUGCACAGACCACCUCGGUAAUAAAGCAGGGUCAAAAAUCAGUGUGUUCACUGAUACUGUCAGACGUGAGUGGAUGUCUUUGAGUUUUUGUGAAGCAGUUUUGUGUGCAUGCAUGUGCUCUGCUGGGAGCCGCUAAGAGCUCUAAACCCAUGCGCUCUUUAAUAUCAACCAAUAGACUGAAAAGUGAUCUUAUCAUAGUUGCCUUGGCGAAGUGUCAUCCUUACAUUUCGUUUCUUGUUCGUGUGUCCUUUGUUUUUAAUGGAUUCAAAGGGAAGAUCCUUCAAAAACUUCAAGGUUCUCAAUCCCAAAACAAGUCCUUUGUUGCGGUUUUAAUCUUUUUCAUUUUCCCAGUGAUUCCUGAUUUGAUUAUGUCCUGGGGCAUUUUUGAAAACUACCUUUUAAAAUCAUGGGUAUAGGGAACAAUGGCUUCUGUUGAGCAACUCGUGUUCUACUGAGAAGUUUGAUUUGAAAUUUUGAUAUUGACAAAAAAAAAAAAAAAA